AUGGCGCCGCAUUCGAAGCCGAUGCACUACAACCCUUCCGAGUACAUCCAGACGGCUCUGACGGGCAACCACGUCUCGAAGCGCUCCGUCAUCCUGGGCUCGGCCAACAUCAUCCUGGGCGGCAAAUGCAUCCUCCACCAGGGCGCCGUGAUCCGCGGCGACCUCAAACGCAGCCUACCUUCGUCGUCGUCGUCAGCACCGUCGUCGUCUGCCACGUCGGCGAGCGGGCCGGGUGCCGAGGCUACGCCAAGGGAGAGGGCGCCGCAGCAGACGAUUGUCGUCAUGAUCGGACGCUACUGCCUCCUCGAUGAGGGAUGUGUCAUACGCCCGCCCUACAAGACUUACAGGGGGCAGUUCUCCUACUAUCCUCUCAAGAUGGGCGACCACGUGAGCAUCGGAGCCAACAGCGUCGUCGAGGCGGCCGCGCUCGGCUCGCACGUCGAGGUCGGCGCCAACUGCGUGAUCGGGCGCUUCGUCAUGAUCAAGGACUGCGUGCGCAUCCUGGACAACUCGGUCGUGGCGCCCAACACCGUCAUACCGCCGUAUUCCAUCUACGGCGGCAGCCCGGCCAAGCUGGUGGGCGAGCUGCCGGAAAUGUUCCUCGAGAGCUGCGAGGCCAAGCGCAAGGACUACUACCAGCGCUUCAAGCCGGCCACCGACCAUCGGUGA